AUGCCCAGUGCUACAGGGUCAAGCUGGGAGAAGUACCAGAAGAACUAUGCCGACGAUGAAGAGCCAGAGAAGAAGAUCACACCCUUAACAGAAGAGGACAUACAAGUUCUAAGGACAUACGGAGCUGCGCCCUAUGCGUCGGCGCUGAAGAAGCUCGAGAAGCAAAUCAAGGAGAAGCAGCAGAGCGUCAACGAAAAGAUAGGCGUGAAGGCAAGACUGCACACCGGGCUCGCCCCUCCCCAUCUCUGGGAUAUUGCUGCCGAUCGUCAACGAAUGUCGGAAGAACAACCACUACAAGUCGCGCGGUGUACAAAGAUCAUCCAAGAUGAGAAAGACCCCGAUAAGAGCAAAUAUGUCAUCAAUGUCAAACAGAUCGCCAAGUUUGUUGUCAACCUGGGAGAAAGAGUCAGCCCUACGGAUAUUGAGGAGGGCAUGCGUGUGGGUGUGGAUCGACAGAAAUAUUCUAUCAUGCUUCCGCUGCCCCCAAAGAUUGAUCCCAGUGUGACGAUGAUGACGGUCGAAGAUAAGCCUGAUGUGACCUACGGAGAUGUUGGUGGCUGCAAAGAGCAGAUUGAAAAACUUCGAGAGGUGGUUGAGAUGCCACUUUUGUCGCCAGAGCGGUUCGUCAGCCUUGGAAUCGAUCCUCCAAAAGGAGCUUUGCUGUACGGGCCUCCGGGAACCGGUAAGACCCUAUGUGCAAGAGCAGUUGCCAACCGAACAGACGCGACAUUCAUCAGAGUCAUCGGAUCCGAACUAGUACAGAAAUACGUGGGUGAGGGUGCCAGGAUGGUUCGCGAAUUGUUUGAAAUGGCCAGGACAAAGAAGGCCUGUAUCAUCUUUUUCGACGAAAUCGAUGCUAUCGGUGGGGCUCGGUUUGACGACGGCGCCGGUGGUGAUAACGAAGUCCAGAGAACCAUGUUGGAGCUCAUCACUCAGCUUGACGGUUUCGACUCGAGAGGGAACAUCAAAGUCAUGUUCGCUACUAAUCGACCUUCUACCCUUGACCCUGCUCUCAUGCGGCCUGGUCGUAUUGACAGGAAGAUUGAGUUCUCUUUGCCGGAUCUCGACGGACGCGCCAAUAUUCUACGCAUUCAUGCGAAGAGCAUGUCUGUCGAGCGCGACAUCAGAUGGGAGCUGAUCUCAAGACUCUGUCCAAACGCAACGGGAGCCGAACUACGAAGUGUUGCAACAGAAGCAGGAAUGUUCGCUAUCCGAAGUCGGCGCAAAGUGGCGACUGAGAAAGACUUCCUGGCUGCAGUCGACAAGGUCAUCAAAGGCAAUCUGAAGUGGAACAGCACAAGCGCUUAUGCUCAAUACAACUAG